CAAACCGUAACACCUGUUCGGUCACUGUCACAUCAUAUUGUUUAGCCAGCUUUUAUUUAUUAAAACGCGUAAAUAAACAAACCGCCAGCAUGGAUAGAAAGUAGAGCGUGUAAUGGACACGCUGCCUUGUGCCAACCAGCUGCAGGAGCCGUCGCAGCAGCCUCAGCAACAUCAGCAGCAGCUCGUGAAUCUCAGCUUGGACGCGAAUCUGGCGGAGAAUAUGGUCAGCCUUCCCAAGGAGCUGGUACUCAUAUCGCUGGUAUCCCAAGAGCAGUCUCUUUACAAUCCCAAGCAUCUCCACUACAGAAGCACCAAAAUCAAAGAUGAAAAAUGGCUGGAAAUCGGCCUCAGUGUAGGGUGGUCAGAUGCACAAUGCAAGUCCAAGUGGAAAGCUAUGAGGGAUCAGUACUGCCGGGAACUGAAACGCGCCAAAUCCUGUGCCAAAGCUGUGAAGUGGAAAUACUUUAAGGAGCUGGACUUUUUGCGUCCCUAUGCUUUGGCCAGGAAUUAUAGAGGAAAAUCUGGGCAGAGCAACAAUGGCCUUGUCUCCACGGUCACCCCCAUGUCGCUUCCAAUGAGUAACUCCUUCAGUAGCAGCAGUAACAGCCAGAACCUCAACCUCUCUGGCAGCAUUAAAAUAGAAGAUGCCGGUGCUACCACACUGCUGGACACCUGCAGCUUCAGUUCUGCCAGCACGCCUGAUAAGAAAACAGGCGCCACCUUUAUGGCAAGCCAUAUCAGCACUGUACUGCAGCAACAGCAGCAGACGCAGCCGGAGACCAACUGGAAUUAUCUAACAGACUCUGGUGGCGGCAGUGCCCCAUCAAUUAUAGUGCAGUGCGGAACUGCUAGCACGACCACGGUGGUGGACAAUCUUUACAAAGAGAUUGUGGAUUGUGUAAAUGCCGCAAAUCAUUCGACUUCCACGGCCACGGCUGGAGGUGGCACUGUAGCCGGCACAGCAGCCGCCUCAAAUGCCGAGGAGGAGGACGAUGAUCCCAUACACACCUUCCUGAAUAUGGAGAGCUACUUCGAAAAGGAACUGAUCACGCUGAUACAGCAGGAGGAUAUGAUCUACAACUACAGCAACGAGAACUACCGCAAUGCCAAGCUAAAGAUGGAGGUGUGGGAGGAGAUAGCCAGGAAGCUAAAGAAGUCGGUGAAACAAUGCCGUCUAAAGUGGAAAGCAUUAAGGGACCAAUAUGCCCGGGAACAUAAGCGUUUAAGGACUCUGAUGCACAUUGAUGCCACUUCGCGCUGGAAGCACUAUGAUUCGCUUAGCUUUCUGCAGAAGUUUAUACAACAGAAGUCCUUAGACGGGGAUCCUCAAUUAAGCCUGCUUUUGCCAAAACACGACGCCGUUAGGGAGCUGGAAGAACACAUGGUUCAGUCCGAGUCACCGCCCACGCAACAGAGCAACUUGGAGUCCUCUUCAUCCAAUUCGCAACUUUACAUGCCUGCCCUGCCCCACCUGACGGGCCCCCACAAGUCUGAAAUGACAGAAGCUCUACAAGAUCAGCAGCAGCCACAAAAUCAAGAUCAACGGCAUCAGCAACAGCAGGCGAGCGAGAUGUGUGUGGCCACCUACGAUGACAUGGAGCUAGAGAACUAUAUCAAUGGUGAUGCCCACCAGGAGGAUGAAGAAGACGACGAAGAAGAUGACGAAAUGGAAACCGCAACGGGCACGGAUCAAGCGCCACAGCAACAGGAGCAGCAAAUGGUGAGCUAUGAUCACGAAGAAGGAUCUGUAUACAUGGCCGUUCAGACCGUGAGCAAUGCUCUGGCUAAACAGGAACAGGCUAGUGUCAGAGCCACCCAUAUGGAGCACCAACAGCUGCAUUCAACGGCGGAAUAUCAGCAGAAACUUGACAUUCAGCCUGCCAGCACUCCCCGCUACCAGAAUUCCGCUAGCACUCCCAGCUCCUCUUCCACGUCGCGCUAUCAUUCGACUCCGAUUACCACACACAAACCAACCAGCCAUGUGGAGUUUCCGCCCACCAAUGGACACAAUUCCGGCGAGGAUGAUGAGAUCGGGGCCUUUUUCAAGGCAGUAGCCAUGAAAAUCCGCAACGCUCAGCUGGAACCAGUGGCCUUCACUGAUCUGCAAAUCGAUAUUCUCCGCGUCAUCAACGAGGCUCUGAGGAAUCACUAGUACUCGUCGAAGAUCAGAUUUACUUUAUGUAGGCCAUCAAAGGUUUCAGGACGUUUCAUUUUAGACAAUAAGUGUUAUUUUCAAAGUGUUUUUCUAUUUUUUAAUGAGUUGAUAUUUUU